AUGGACGAGCAAUUGACACAAUCUACAGAGGUGAACUCACACAGAAAAGGCGAGUGUAGUGACAACAACGAUUCGCAAUACGAUGGUGUAAAUGAGAAGACUGGUAUGGACCCUGAUAAGAGUAUGCCCGGCAACAUUGGCACACACAUUGAAGGUAGCAUGAGUUUGGCAGAUCAAAGAGAAACAUUGUCUAAGAUGCACGAUGUGUCUCAAAUGCAUGCUAAAGAAGGCGAUAAGUUAUAUGUGAUACCUUCCUCGUGGUUCGACAAAUUCUUGAAUCCUGAUAUCAAGGAAGAGGCCGCAUUGGGCCCCAUUAACACCAGCUCUAUUUGUCGCGAUUAUGACAAUUUUAUACUGGCAGAUUACAACUCUAAUCCGUACCUAUCAGUCCCACAAGACAUCUAUGAGAAGCUAAUGGAAUGGUACGGGCUUGCGCCCGGCUCCAAGACCUUAGAAACGGUAUUAAUAAAAGAUGAACAGGAUCAACUUGUCCCUGAAUAUGAUCGGUGCUACGUUAGAAUUCAUCUGCUCAAGAAUUGGACUGGUGCACAGCAGCAAAGGGUAACACCAGGUGCCAGAAAACCCUUAUUCUUCACAAUCUCCAAGUUGGGCACCCUGAAAAUGGUGAUGCAAAAGUGUCUCGAAAUAGUGGGAGACCACGAACCCGAUCUUGACCUGAGAAUGAAUCAGUUUAGAAUGUGGCAGGUGGAAGGUCCACAAAAUUUUGGCCAGAGUUCUUUGUCAUCGCUUCCCUAUGCCGUAGACGCUAUGACGUUUGCCAAAUUGCCCGUAAAACACAGGCUACGCCCAGAAUCCUUCGAAAAAAUCGUGAAGGAUCUAGAAACCUCAGUUUUAGACCUAGUCGCUGAGUAUAAGAGUUCCCGUUCAGGCGCCCACUGGCCCUCAAGUCAUUUCUACUACAAUAAGCUACAGCCUCCAAAGGGUACGGUAGGUCUAUCGAACCUUGGCAAUAGCUGCUAUAUGAACUCCGCGCUCCAAUGUCUCGUUCAUAUUCCAGAAUUGAAGGAUUAUUUUCUCUACGGUAAUGUGGAGCGUGAAAUCAACACCAGCAAUCCACUAGGUUACAGUGGACACAUAGCCCGAAACUUUGCAUCGCUUAUAAAGUCUCUGUUCGAUGAACAAUCCCCUACUAUUUUAUCGUUCUCACCGAGAACUUUCAAAUCGACACUCGGCCUGCACAAUCCCAUGUUUGCGGGCUACUUGCAACAGGAUUCACAAGAGUUUUUGGCAUUUCUGCUAGAUGGUUUACACGAAGAUCUAAACAGAAUUGUUGAUAAACCCUUUGUCGAGAAACCUGAGCUUUCGGCAGAUGACGACGUCAAUGACUCAAGAAUAAUCAGUGCUCUGGCCAAGGAGACAAAAGAGAAGCACAAAUUGCGGAAUGAUUCUGUCAUAAAUGACCUGUUCACCGGCUUGUACAAAUCUACACUAACCUGCCCUGUCUGCAAUAAAGUUUCUGUCACGUUUGAUCCUUUUAGUGACUUGACUUUGCCCCUUCCCGUCGAUAGUUUUUGGAACACCAAAGUUCUGAUAUUUCCACAAAACUCACCCCCUUGCAUACUUGAAGUUGAGCUUUCGAAAGGCUCUACUUAUCAGGACCUCAAAUGCUAUGUUGCAAAAGCUGCUAAUAUGAAUUCCGAAAGUUUAAUCGGAGCUGAGGUGUUCAACCAUGCCUUCUACAAUAACUAUGAAUCUGCAACCUCAAACUCAAACUAUCUUCCGAUUAACGACUUGGCCUCGGAAGGUGACACAAUUGUCUUUUACGAGAUUCCUCGUCAUGAAAAUGUGACAAUAUUUCCAGUUCUGAAUACCAAAAUUGAGAAAGGUUUUCGUAGCCCCAGAAUGUUUGGCUAUCCUUUUUUCGUCGCCUUGGAUAAAGACGAUCUAGACUGCUAUGGCUCAAUCAGAGAUCAAUUAGAGAAACAUUAUGCAAAUUUAAGCGGUGAUUUUGCUAGCUUUUCAAAGCUAGCCCAGUCGAGGGGCUCUGUUGAGUGUCCAUCGGAGCUCCUGAAGAAAAAGUAUCCAAACGUGGAUUUUUCACAUUAUAAAAAGGAUUUUGAAAACACUUCUUUUGACCAUCCCAUGGAUCAUUUGUUCUCAAUUAAAAUCUUAAACGGCCGGAGCGGUAUGAUUCAGCCGCCCUCCAGCGUUGUUGAGCCUUCAGAGAUAUGGGUGCCAGAUCCCCGCGUCGAUUUGAACGCCACGACCGAAAUAACGACACUUAUGAAUAAUUUAACGAAGGACAUCUACGACCAUCCAAAUUUGAUGAAUCAGAAGGAUGAGAUUGAGGAAUACUUCAUGUUGAUGAAUCAAGACCAAGUUUCCGAUAAAAUUGAUUCUAGUCCCUCUCAUAUGGACGUGGACACUGAAAAUGGUGCCAUUGAAAAUACUCAGUCAUGUGCAGAUCUUCCACUGGGUGCUACUGGGGAAGAUAGUGCAUGCAACAAGCUCGAUUCUGUGCGGCCAAUAUUGAUUGAUCACGGCCAAGCAAUAAUUUGUCAAUGGGACAAUGAUGCCGCGUUUACAGUAUUCUCGAAUGAAUUCGAGUUCUCGUGGGACAGACCUGCUGAGCUCCGAAACUCUGAGUUAGAAGCCGUCAAAGAUCAAAGAAAUAAACAAACUCAAAAGAUAAUUACGAUCGAGGACUGCUUGGACCUCUUUUCAAAACCCGAGAUCCUAGGAACUGCCGACUCCUGGUUUUGCCCUAGCUGUAGAGAACACAGACAAGCUACCAAGCAAAUUCAACUUUGGGAUACACCUCAAGUUCUCAUUAUGCAUUUGAAAAGGUUUGAAAAUCGCCACUCAUUUAGUGACAAGAUCACUGAUGUGAUUACGUUUCCAAUUUCGGGUCUCGACAUGUCAGGUCACUUGGCCUGCAAAAAGGAUAAUGGACAAGACGUCUAUGACCUAGUAGCGGUUGACAAUCAUUACGGUGGUCUUGGCGGUGGUCACUAUACCGCGUAUGCAAAGAACUCCGAGGAUAACAAAUGGUAUUACUUCGAUGACUCGCGCGUCACAGAGACCGAUCCCGAGCGCUCGGUUUCAGAAGCGGCCUAUCUACUUUUUUACCGCCGCCGUGUUCAGAGUUCGACGACGGAGACUGCAAAAUUGCAGGAGCAACUCGAGUUUUGGCGCAACGAGCACAAGCUUACGACUCAGAAAUUUAACGACCAGCAAGUAGAGUUCUAUCAGGAAAAUCCAUCUGAUUCUGGCGAGGAAGAGCAGGAGGCGGAGGACACCGCUGAUGUGCAGAAAGCGGGAGCGUGUACGGGUAUCACUCAUAGCGUCGCCAGCCUGGAAGUUGGCAACUCACCUUUGGAUUCUUCUCCAGAAGAGAACGACAGAAGGAGAAAGUUAAGGUUAUUGCACAAAAACUAUAGAAGUGCUUUACCUAAUUCCUACGACCUCAGCUCCUCCGCGACGAGCUCCGAUAUUUCAGAUGCCGGAGAAGGUCUACUGGUUCAAUCCGACGAACCCUCGUCGCCGAAUUUGUAG